AUGUCUGGAGUUCACGGUUUACGUAAUGAAUUCACAACAACGCUGUUAAAUUCGGGCAAAGUUCUUGCUGCUGGUGGUCUCGCAACAGGCACUUCUCUUGCUAGUUGUGAAAUAUAUGAUCCGUCAACAGGCCAAUGGAACUCUACUGCAAGCAUGGCAGCGGCACGUGUCUACCACGCAGCAGCCCUGUUAAGUUCGGGCAAAGUUCUUGUCACUGGUGGAAGCGGCGGCGGCGGUGCUCUUAGUAGUUGCGAGAUAUACGAUCCAUCAACAGGCCAUUGGAACGCUACUGCAAGCAUGGCAGGGGCACGUUUUAUUCACACUGCAACCUUGUUCAGUUCGGGCCAAGUCCUUGUCGCUGGUGGUGACAUAUCAGGCACUUCUCUUGCUACUUGUGAGAUAUACGAUCCAUCAACAGGUCAUUGGAACUCUACUGCAAGCAUGGCAGGGGCACGUUUUGCUCACACUGCAACCUUGUUAAGUUCGGGCAAAGUUCUUGUCACUGGUGGUGAGAUAACAACAGGCACUUCUCUUGCUACUUGUGAGAUAUACGAUCCAUCAACAGUUCUUGUCACUGGUGGUAACGGCGGCAGUGCUCUUAGUAGUUGUGAGAUAUACGAUCCAUCAACGGGCCAAUGGAACUCUACUGCAAGCAUGGCAGUGGCACGUGCCUACCACGCAGCAACCCUGUUGAAUUCGAUCAAAGUUCUUGUCACUGGUGGUAACGGCGGCAGUGCUCUUAGUAGUUGUGAGAUAUACGAUCCAUCAACAGGUCAUUGGAACGCUACUGCAAGCAUGAUAGGGGCACGUUAUCACCACAUUGCAACCUUGUUCAGUUCGGGCCAAGUCCUUGUCGCUGGUGGUGUAGGGCAGAGCGCUGAUCUUGCUACUUGUGAAAUUUAUAAUCCGUGA